AUGAAUUUAAUUGGCUAUUUUUCUAUAUUCUUCUUCUUUUAUCCACCAUAUGCUUGUACAAUUCAAUGUCAUGUAUGUGAAACACACGUUUACGACCACCCGGUUACUAGCAACGAUCUUUCCUUUCCAACUGAAGAAGAAUGCCACAUAGUCUUAGCGCAUCAUGGUUGCUAUAUACUUGUCGAAUGGUAUGGAGAUGGGAGAAGUGUCGUAUCUUAUAACACUGAUCAAGCGGUUCCGUAUGAUAGUGUUACUACGAUCAUAGAACGUCAAAUGACUACUGCUACCGGUAAAUACGAAACUCGUAAAUCGAUCGGUUAUGGUUGUAAAUCAAGUCAAACGGCUUGCAACGAUAUUGACCACAUAAAACGUCUGAUGGACUUGGUAACAUUUCCGAUACUUAAUAAGAUCGAGCAGUUUGACUAUUUACUCACUCCGAUGAUGAAUUUUAAUGCACAUUCGUGUACUCAAAUAUCGAAUAUGAAAAACUGUUCUCAAACGAAUCGAACAACUUGUCGUCAAUGUCUGAGUACUAUUCGGUAUUCCGAUCAAGUGGAUAUAUGUAGUUCGUGCGUAUCCGAUGAACCCAAGAGGAACUACUUUAUUUAUCGAACGACUUUCCGUGUUGAUAUGGGUUCUCGCGUUGACGAGAUAAAAGUUAUCUGUCAGAAUGGAGAGAUUUGUUCUACAACAGUAAGUAUCGAACAGAUUAGACAAAAUUUAACGACAGAAUUGAAUUCGUGGGAGUUCCAUCGCUCAGUGGCAACAACAAUGAGACCCGUUCAUAAUUAUUUACUAUAUCUCACGAGUUUUAUUGGUAUUCUUCGAUUCACUCACAAAUAA